UGCGACUCUGGACAUUUCGAGGUGAGCACGUUUACUUGUUUUGGGAGCGGAGUUGCACACCUGGCGGCGCGAGCUCUGCGUGACAAUCACCGUGCGCGUGGACUCCGUGUCCCGCAGAAACGUGCCAAUUGAGAAGUGCUUUUACAGCACAGACUGGGAUUAAAACACACGCACAGAGACCCAGAGAGGGGGGUAAAAAAAACAACCAAAAAACGCGGAGUUCUGCGGACUUGGCUGUGUUUCAAGCAGCACCGAACCGGACCCCAUGUUUCUUUUCCUCGGAUUAUUUAAACCUGCAGCUUUGACUCUUUCCGCUCUGACUGUGUUCCGGCUUCUUGUCUCCGCUGUGGAUUGUUAAUAAAAACCUAGAGAAGUCAGUGCCAGCCGAACCCGAGCAGUGCGGAUCCAUACGAUGCCCCCCUCUUUUCUUUUUCUCCCCCCUUUCCCCCGCUCCUCUUCUUCACCAUCUCCAUAAUUUGAUCUAGAAAAUGAUUUCUAUGUAAUUUCUCAUAAGUGGAGACACAGGAGUUGCAGAACGAAAAAUAUCCCUGUUCGUCCUCAUUGUGAUUCUGCUCUGGAUCUGUUUGGAGAAGGCGUGCGGGAGUCCUGCGUUGAAGCCGCUGCGCGCGUCAUUUUCCCCACUCGUGUCCUCAAAUUGAUCAUUUUCUGGGGGUGAAUUGAUCGGGUCUCCUUGCAGAGCGCGUGGAGCAGCUCGCCGAGUUUCUUGCAUGAAACCAGUGAAACAACUUUAAUCCCCUAUUUGUGGACAGAAACCGGACGUUGACCGGACUCCGGCAACUGGACUCUAAUGCAUUUCUAGCGAUUUAUUUAUUUAUUUUUAUUUCUAUUUCAUUUUGGAAAGACCUCGACAGCGCAUUGUCACGCGCCCAGAUACACAUCUGCCCAUUGCGCAUCAUCCAAGUUGGAGAACCCCGCACCAGCUCACGCCCGCAGGCGAAGCUUUGUUUCUCCACUACAGACCCGAAACUACUGGGACGACUGGGAUUUUUAAGGUCCAUCCGUUGGGAUUUCUUCUACCAUGUCAGGUGUGCGGGAUUUCAGAUGGACUCCCAUCAUUUGCGCCGCGGUGCUUUCAUGUGCUCUUGCAGGUAAAAUCUCCCCAACCAGCUCGGAUGUCCUGUUCAGCGCCUCAGCGAUGACAGCCAGCCCUCCACCACCCAGUGUGUAUCUGCCUGCCAGCUUCAAAAUGUCCAAUGCACAACUGGCUUUCUUCUUGCGGGAGGCCCAGAUCACAGGACAAACGGUUGGCGGCAGCAGGAGGAGCAGCAGCAGCAGCUCCGGACAUCCGCUGCAGCGCUCUGAGAGUUUUGUGGUUUUCCAGACAAAAGACCUCCCCGCCAUCAACAUAAGCUUUGGGCCUUUUGCCCAGGACCAGGCUCUAUCCAAGGAGCUGCUGCAGCCAGCCAGCCCUCUGGACAUCCCGGGCCAGCUGACAGUUGGCUGGAAGGUGCGGGCCUUCAUUGUCCAGGCGAGGGUCUUCUCCAACAACCCCAUCGUCCAGGUGUUCUUCUACAUUGCAGGCCGUGACUGGGACGACUUCAAGGCUCAGGACAACCUGCCGUGCAUCCGACUGCACGGCUUCAGGGACGUCCGGGAAAUCAAGACGUCCUGCCGCAUGAGGGGCAACCUGGCCAAGUGCUUGGCGCAGCUGGAGCUGCCUCCGUCCUGGUUCAACACCAAUGUGGCACCGCUGGGCCGCAGGAAAAGCUCCGGCGAUGGGCUCCUGGAUGGAUUAACCAGUGAGACGCUGCAGGCUGAGCUGUACUACACGCUGCACGAGCCCAAUCUGGACGGGGAAUGCAGCGAGGGUCACAGAGGGGGCGGCGGGGCCAGGGGAGAACCUCUGUCACAGCACCCUCUGCUGCGCAUCGGGAGUAUCAGCCUCUACCAGGCCAGUCAGGAGCAGCUGCUGGUGGACAAACAGCUGGACAAGAACAUGUUCCUCAGGCUGCCAGAGAAACCACUCAAACCUGGAGAAACGCUGAAGAUCCUGCUCUACCUGAUGCCCAACUCCACUGUGGAACAAUUCACCCUCAAGGUCAAAGCGAAGAAAGGGGUGAACCUGCUGCAGACCAAGUCCAAGCAUGCUCAGUGGAAGGUAGACUGGGAGGUGCAGCCCGGCGCCAAGCAUUCCAUCACCACCAUCAACGUGAGCAAGAACAAGGCAGUGAAGCAGGGUGAUGUGCUGGGGAACGUGGAGAUGAUGCAAUUAGAUUUUGAGAUGGAGAACUUCACCAGCCUCUCGGUGACCAGGAGGAUCAACUGGAACAUCGACUACAAGGGACAGAACCCGGUGCCGGACUCGGAAAAGGUCGUGACGGAGCUCACUGUGGUGCAGCGGGACAUUCAGGCCAUCAUCCCUCUGGCUAUGGACACAGAGAUAAUCAACACAGCCAUUCUGACCGGACGCACCGUGGCUAUUCCCGUCAAAAUGGUCUCCAUAGAGAUGAACGGAGCCGUUGCCGACGUCUCAGCCUUUGUGCAGUGCAAGUCGUCUAAUGAAGACAUCGUAAAGGUCUCCAUGAAUUGCGACUACGUGUUCGUCAACGGUAAGGAGACGCGGGGCUCCAUGAACGCUCGAGUCAUCUUCAGCUACGAGCACCUGAGUGCGCCGCUGGAGCUCACCGUCUGGGUGCCCAAGCUCCCCCUGCAGGUGGAGCUCACAGACAACGCUCUGAGCUUCAUCAAAGGCUGGAGGGUUCCCAUUCUGCCUGACAGAAGGAGCACUAGGGACAGUGAUGCAGAUGACGAUGACGACGACCGCCGAACGAAUCGCGGCUGCGCCCUUCAGUACCAGCGGGCCGUGGUCAAAGUGCUGACCCAGUUCCACACCACUUCCACGGAGGGAACGGAUCAAGUCAUCACCAUGCUGGGGCCAGACUGGCAGGUGGACGUCACAGACCUUGUCCAGGACUCCCUGAAGGUGGUCGACCCAAAGAUCGCAGAGCUGGUGGACAGGACGAUUCUUGUGGGCCUGGAGCUGGGCUCCACUGUGCUGAAGGUGGAGUCUCCGCUGGCAGUGGACGCGGUGCUGGGCGAGGCGUUGUUCUCUGUCACAGAUGACAAGGUUUCCAUCACGGAGCUGCGGGUUCACACUGUGUCGGGCCUAACCCUGUCCCUGCAGCCCAGCCCCGGCAACAGCCACACCAUGGUCGCCAAGGCGUCCGGUGUCCAGACACUCACAGCCCUCAAACAGGAGGCCAGUUUGUCUGUCUGGAUGCUGUUCAGUGACAACACCGCCGCCCCUCUGACUUACUUUGAUCCCAAAGACUACAACCUCAAUGCCUCUACUCUGGACGACAAAGUUGUGUCAGUAUCCCAGGAGCCGCAGCAACGGUGGCCUGUGGUGGUAGCAGAAGGCGAGGGAUCAGGAGAAAUGGUGCGUGUAGAGAUGACCAUCUGCGAAGCCUGCCAGAAGACCAAACGCAAAAGCGUCAUUGCAUCUGCUGCAGUUUAUGUCAAGGUCCGUUUUGGCCCCGAGGAAGACUCGGAGGAAGAAACGACCACAGAGGGCGAGAUUGAGCUGGCAUCUGUCACCAGGCGGACAAUCAUUGAUCCCAACAUCAGUGGAAGAAUUUAUGAUACUUCUAACGAGCAGCCUGCCAGUGUUCCCAUUGAUUACACUAAUUUCCCCACCAUUAGCAACCAAGAGCGGCCGACUGAGAGUGAUGAAGAGGAAGGGGACGAUUUUGUGCAUUCGCCACGCAACAUGACUGAUCUUGAGAUUGGCAUGUAUGCUCUAUUAGGCGUCUUCUGCUUGGCUAUAUUGGUGUUUCUAAUCAACUGCAUUGUUUUUGUGCUUAAAUACCGCCAUAAGCGCAUCCCGCCUGAAGGCCAGGCCAACAUGGACCAUUCUCACCACUGGGUGUUCCUUGGAAACGGCCAGCCGCUCAGGGCCCAAUGCGACCUGUCUCCACAGCAGGUGGAAAGUCCCAGCAACCCUUUGGAGGGGGUACAAACUUGCUGCCAUGGGGACCAUCACAGUAGUGGCAGUUCCCAGACCAGCGUUCAUAGUCAGGUCCAUGGAAGGGGUGACGGCAGCUCUGGCGGUUCAACGAAGGAUAACGGCGAGGAGGCCAGUUCACCCACCUCCAAACGCAAGAGAGUCAAGUUUACCACCUUUACCACCCUCCCCACAGAGGAGCUGCCCUAUAACUCCAUCCCCAUAGCAGACGAAGAGGAUAUUCAGUGGGUUUGCCAGGAUAUGGGCUUUAAAGACCCGGAGGAACUCCAUGAUUACAUGCGCAGAAUAAAAGAAAUAGCCUAAGAUUGGAGGUGCAUUGUGAAAGCACUGCUCUCGACUUUCUAAAGAGACAGUUCCUUUCUAUUUUUCCCCUUUUUUCAAGCAAGUGAAAGAUGAUUUUUCACAAACUUUAAGGCCAACAAUUGUUGCUCUGGUUAGGGUUCGUUCCAUGUAGUUUGCACAGUGCUGUAAUCUCAUACACCCUCACACAGGAGAGAAUGCAAGAAGCCAAAGACUCGACCAGAGGAUCUCAAUCACAAGAGACGUCUGUAAAUCUUGGCUAUAGGAAACAUGUUUUACUUGGAAGCUGAGCCAUGGAGACAUAUGAGAGCUGCUCCAGCUCCAGUUUUUCAGGAUUUGACUUUUACAAAAUCCUGACAUGGACAGGAGUACAACAAGGGUUAAUGUGUUUCAGUGGCUCAGCAGGACUCUGCAGUAUUGUACCUACUCCAAACAAAGAGGCCUUUGAUGAACAAGUAACUUUCAAAGACUCUAAUUAAAAUCUGUUUUAAAAGAAUUUUGUUUUUGCCAAAGUAGAAAAAGCAUUCUUUUAAUGGCAAAACCUUUGUUGUUGUCGGUGUAGCACAUUCAUGAUUUGUACUCAUCUUCAUUACAUACAUUUUCUACAUUUAGUAGGUAGAUGAAAGCAGUGCCCUACUACAGUUUCCUGGUGUUCCUGACAAAUCUGAUGCCUUAUAAAAACGGUCACAGUUCACUUAUAUCAGUGCAGACACUGUUUUCUCACUGUUAGGAGGCUUGAGACGGCUUAGUGCAGCAUUAAAGUAAAACACUACAGCCAUUCUCCAGCCUGAAGAGACGAGCGUUGCAUGAAAAGGUAACCUAAGGCACAAUCAGCCAACUUUUUCCAAAUUUGUACAUGUUUAUAAUGUAAUUAAACAAUUAUUCAUACACAUUAAUAAACUAAUAAAAUGUUACCAUGCUUUACACGCAUGUCAUGUUGGGCUUACAUACAUACAGACAUUCCUCUUUGUAUAUAAUUCUGUCAAACUGGAGUUGCUUAAAAUGUUACAAGUUUCUUUCUCCAAGGAGGAGAAAUGAGAAUCUGGUUGAACUCUUGGGAUCUUUAUAAUCUUGUGGUCGGUCAAAGUUUCUCCACUGUACUGCUGUGACAGAUGUAGAUUUUUAUUGCUCUGGAAUCUCAUUUGACUGUUUGAUGUGGGAAUUUGCUAUGCAUAAGUUUUAACAGAUCAAUAUUUUUGAUGAUUUAUUUCCCUUUUCAAGUUUUGCAAGGCUAAAGCUUCUGAGAAUGUAGGAAACAGAAAUACAUUAAUUGAGCUGUGUUUGAAUCGCUGUGUCAUUCACUCUUAAGUCAUACAUAAUGUAGCAACGUUUAACUUUCUCACCCAUUAGUGUUUCUGUACCCCCAGGAAGCUAAAGAUAAUAUAAAAAAUAUAUCAGGAUUUUUCGACUUGUUAAUAAUGUCCAAAGAUGUUUAUUGUCUCAAGUUCAAAAUGCUCAAAUUCUUUAAAGUUAAACUUGAAGUUUUUGUCAAAACCGCAAAAUUUGCCAACCAUCAGCUCAGAUUAUGUUAGCAUUUUGAGGUUUUUAUAGCAAAUAACUGGGAAUAUCCUCCACAAUUUUGAAGUGUUGUGGCAGUGAAGUAGAGUCUGUACCGCCAUCCCCUGCUUGGUUCUCCAGUGAAAAUGUUAUUUUGACUGAGUGAACAUUUCAAACACAGCUCUGAAUACAUUCAGACUGAGCACAGCCUCCUCUAAACUCCACAGAAAUGUGAAACACCCUUAAAGAAGGUCACCGAAUAUAUUAUUGAUUUUGUUUCAUCAUUUACAUCGCAGCCAUUUCAUGCUGUCUCAUUCUUUUAGCCGCAUCACGGUAUAUAUGAAUUCCAUGUUUUAUUAAUAAGUUCCAAUAAACUUGGAAUAAAUAAGCUAAAGCUCACAAAGUUGCCCCAAACUAAACAAUAUGAGCAGGACCACAGCGUGUUAACGAACAGCAGGACAAGGAGGAAGAAAAGAAAACGUUGGCUGUGUCAAAUGUGUAGAUGUAUUUGUGAGGUUGUGUUCACUUUACAGACAAGCCAGACCAGCUGAAAUCAAGCCAUCUAUUUUAGUUGUGUUAAUUGUUGCCUUUGAAAAUGUACCUGACACUGAACAUAAAUAUUAGUGGGAGAAUUAAAGAACUUUAGAAACUGAGAUUUCAAACAGAAUAUCACCGUCCAGACAGAUAGUUUUCAUUUCAGACAGGGUUUCGUUUUUCUAGAGAUGACUUUUGAAGGUUAACAUUUUUCCAUCUGAUCUCACAUGAAACAUUUUCUACUAGGGACUAAUGAGACAACCAUGAGAUCAAAAAUUACUUUCUAGGACGGUUUCCUCUAAUUCCCUACUUUGGAUUUUAGGGCUUUGAUUUUUUUUUUUCCUUUUACCCAACUUACUGACUGAUUUUGGCUUAUUAAAGUCCCUUUUAUAAUCAGCACCAUUUUACCUGCUUUUUAUCCCCCAUGUUCUUAAAUUAGACACAAUCCAGAAAUAUUAUGCAAACACAUGUUUCACAGGAGAAACUGAAAUAGAUAUAUUUAAUUCUCUCAGCUUGAUGUUUACUAUUUGAUUGUGUGGCAGUUAAAUGGUGGAACUGUUUGCUAACAAUGUAAAUAUUGGAACAAAACCGACUUUAAUUUAGCUUAACAUUUACAACUAUCGGUAAAAUAUUGCUUUAGCUCGUCCACAUGUACAUAGACUCACAGCUGAUAUUCAUAAAUCCUGGAUUGAGUUUACUGUACUUGCUUUACUGCAUGCCCUCUUUAUGUUCUGUGUGAGAAAAAUGAAUGAGUUGUAAAACUGUUUUGAUUGCAAGGUGAAACAUUACUUUUCGGUGUCUAAAGGUGCGUUUCGACUGUAGACUUUUUUUCUAGAAGCUAAGUUCUCGCGACGGGAAAGUUUCAAGAGAAGUUUAGCAACAGAAAACAGCCCUGGUGGUCAGGUAGGAUUUUUAAGAUCACACCAAACAUUCAAGGUGGGUUUACGGUCUCUGGCUUUAGUCUAGGUUCUCUCAGUAAUCUUUAUUACAGCGGCUCAUAACUUCAUUUAAUUCAGUGUGGAAUUAUUAGUGUUGUUUGUCGUCAUGCAGAAUAUAAUGUUUUAUAGAUAUUACAUUUUAAAACGUCAGAAAAAUGGAAGUGGAAAAGAGCAAUUGUAAAACACUUUAAAUUAAUCAUGGAGUACUUUUAUAUUAUUGAGGGAUUUUACUUGUGUUUUGGCCUGAUACAGAAACUUUUUCUGUAUCAGCUGCCAAAGUCGCAGGUAAAUAAGGCACUCUGAAGCGUCUCCAUUACAAAAGUGCACAAAACUUAGUCAAUAUUCUGCUAAUGUCGAAAAAAACACCAUUUUGAGGUUGCAACACUUCCAUUAAAUAAGAAACGCAAUUAAAAUCACACAUGAAUACGUUUGUUCAUGCGGUGUCAUUAAAAAAACAUGCUGCCCCAUGUUCCUCCAACUAACUAACUUCCUGUCGUUUUCUUCUUCAUGGUUUCUUCUUCAGUUAAAUUUCGGCGCUGUAAGACUCUGGUUUCUAAUCCCAGCAAGAAUUUCUCUUUCUUUUUGACAUCUACUGUUAGAAUUAAUUUUAAAAAGUCACACAUUUUCAUGAACUUUGGUUUUACUUAUAUUUUAGAGUGUAGUGCUGUAGAAGACCAAGAGGUUCAUUACUGUAGAACUUUGCAAUCUCAAAUGAAUCUACCUUUUUAACUGUUAAACAUUUCUGUGAAGUUUUUGAAGAGUGUUUUCUUAUAGGAUGUAGCCACCAGAGAUUUGGAUUUUAUUGUUGUGGAAAACUGAGGAAGAACUACUCGUCAGCCAUCUUAAUUUUCCCCUUCUUAAAAAAAAAGCCACUAGACGGGGCUGAGGUAAACCUGAAAUAUUAUAACAGAUAACUACCGUAAUUACAGUCGAAACGCAUCUAAAGUUUGCUUAUUGUUCAACCACAGCUUGAACUUCAUUUAUCAGUUUGUCAGUUCAAAUUGUUUCUGUUUUUACUUUAAAUCUCAGGAUGAAUGUAGACUUCCCAAUCAAACCUGGCAGAUCUGUGUUAAAUGUGACUAUGAGCCCAAACUGGUGACCGUUGAAACAAAGUAGAAAAUACCAAACAGCUUCUUAAUUCUGAAUUUCCCUGACUUGUUCAUGCAUUAAAUAUUCAACAGUUAGACUUUUUUCCUCUUCAUGCAUUUUGUCUAUUUUUUUUUUUUUUUAGUAUCUUGUUCCUGAUUUUGUGUUUUCUUCAAGCUGCUAACAGAGACUCCUUACAGUAUGUAAAUGAGAAUUUUGAAUUGUAUUCCCCACCCUCACGACCACACAGUGAACUGUGCACGACAUUCACGGCUCCAGCUUUCCUGGACCAAGUUACCACCACACUGACUAUAAUAUUGUAAUGUACAGAGCACUGUUAAAUUUCCUGUAUCCUGCUGAAAACAGACCCUUGUAUUUUCCUGUUAAAUGUAAAGUACUAAAGAGAAUCCAAUACACAAGUGAAA